CAUCAGUAGUAUUUAUGUUGUUGAACGGUGUGGUCGCAUUUAAUUGCCCAUAGCCGCACUACGUCGUGUCAGUGUGUGUGUUUAACCAGUGUGUAGACAUUGGUCUGGAGAAAAUAGAAUAUUUCGGUUUACAAUAUAAAGAAGAAGAAGAAAUAUUCUAUUCAGUGAAAGAAGAAAGAAAGAACUCACAACAAUUAGGCGAAUCAAUAGUCCAAUUUUUAAAAUUGCCAGUGAAAAUGUUGUCCAUUUUGAUGAAUUAAAUGCGGGUUCAUUUGGUUCGGUGCGUGAAAAUAAAUUGAUUUAAUGUCGUUGCCUAGUCGGUAAAUCGGUGUAUUAUAUUGGAUAAAGUUGAAUAGAUUUUUCCGCUGCCAGAAAUUUUAUUCGUUUUUUGAUACUCUCCACAAAAAAAAAAUUAUUUGUAUGUGUACGUGUGCGUGUGUGUGUCCGUGCGUAAUCACAACAUUAAAUUAAAAUUGAAGCAAAAUUUUUAAUUUAUUUUGGAUUUUCCGGCCGAUAAAAGGGGAUGAACGAUUAUCCUGAUCAAUCAAGAAUCAACAGAAACUGUUUCGUAAUGAAUGUUGGUGGUAUCCAUCUAAGUAGAUAAAUAAUGAGUGAAUAUUCUAAGUGAUAAUAAAAAUAUUUAAAAAUAAGAUAAAUAAAUAAAAUCUGUGUGCUACGUUUCAGCAACAUAAUUGCACGGCACCAACAUCAUGAUAACUAGAAUUUUACACGAAAAACAUUGAUAAACUCCGAUAGUUUAUUGCAUUUUUUAAAAAAAUAGUUAAUCAAUCCAUAUUGAUAUGUGACACUUUCGGCAGGAAACUAUUUUUUUGUUGGUUUAUCUCAAACAAGAAAUUAGUAAAGAAAAUUUUUCAUCAAAUUUACCAUUAACGCUGAUCAAGGAUGUUUUUCUGAUCCGGUACGAAAAAAAAGUUUUUUUUUUAAAUACCAAAAUGGGGGAACGUGAAACCGUUACGAAUGGCAGCUGUCAGCAAAGUUCCACCACAAUAUCAGCAAAUCCGAAUUUGUGUGGAACGAGUGGUUCGAUUUCCAUCGGUGGCGUUGCCAUGCAUUCGUGUUCGUCGGUUAGUCUGAGUAGUUCAGCGUCAAAUGGUGUUCGGUCUUCCAUUAAGUCAAAGGGACCAAUACGGGUAGGAUUUUAUGACAUUGAACGGACAAUUGGUAAAGGGAAUUUUGCGGUGGUUAAAUUGGCUCGACAUCGGAUUACUAAGAAUGAGGUAGCAAUUAAAAUAAUUGACAAAUCCCAGUUAGACAGUGGCAAUUUACAAAAAGUUUACCGGGAAGUGGAUAUUAUGAAACGUCUGGAUCAUCCGCACAUCAUUCGUCUAUAUCAGGUCAUGGAAACCAAAAAUAUGCUUUACAUUGUAUCCGAAUAUGCAAAUCAAGGUGAAAUAUUCGAUUACAUAGCACGGUAUGGCAAAAUGAACGAAAGAACGGCACGACAGAAAUUCUGGCAAAUUUUAUCAGCCGUUGAGUACUGUCAUAAUCAUGGCAUUGUCCAUCGUGAUUUGAAAGCCGAGAACCUGUUGUUGGAUUCGAACAUGAAGAUAAAAAUUGCUGAUUUUGGAUUUUCCAAUUUUUAUUCACCCGAUGAAUUAUUGGCUACAUGGUGUGGAUCGCCGCCGUACGCUGCGCCUGAAGUGUUUGAAGGAAAGCGUUACGUUGGACCGGAGAUUGAUGUUUGGUCACUAGGCGUCGUUCUGUACGUUCUUGUGUGCGGUGCACUCCCUUUCGAUGGAUCAACGUUGCAGUCGUUACGUGACAGAGUUUUGUCGGGACGCUUCAGGAUUCCAUUUUUUAUGUCAUCAGACUGUGAAUCGCUGAUACGAAAGAUGCUGGUACUGGAUCCGCUGCGUCGUUACACCAUCGAGAAGAUCAAACGGCACCGCUGGAUGACCAUCGAAGUGAUGGAUCCGAUUCCAAUGGAGAAUGCAUCGGGUGGCACAUCAACCGUCGAACCAAACGAACAAAUUUUAAGACUAAUGGCUACGCUCGGUAUUGAUGCACAGAAAACGCGCGAAAGUCUUAAACUGAACAGCUACGAUCAUCAUGCCGCCAUUUAUUUACUGCUGCUGGAUCGAUUACGUUCGCGUUCGAUGUCACAGGAAGUGACCGCAGCGAAUAAGCAUCCGUCGCUGGAGUCACAGAAACGACGACCCAGUUCGAUAGCGGAGCAAGCAAUGCGAAAAUUAGGCAUAAACAAUAAUUCACCACCACAACAGCAGCAACCAGUUUUGCAACGGACUGAAUCGUCAUCACCGCGACACAGUGCGCUUCUGACUAGUGACCGGAGUUUAGAAACAGUUUCAUCGACAAUCCCAUCACCCAGACACACCAAUUCACCGUUGCUGGCCGAGUCCAGUUUGGAUCCGAUUGCUGGCAGUCGUACCAUCGAAACAAUAAUUCAUCUCAGAGAUACGAAUAUACGGGAUCCACCGCAACAAUUACGCGAUAGUUCAUACUUCCGCGGAUCAUCUGUAUUGAAUUCGUGCACACCAACUCUGUCGGCUAGAGAUCGGGAUUGUAGUUUGUCGUAUCUGGCUGGUACCGGUCAGUAUGGGAGUUUAAUCGGUGCACGCGAGAAUAGUUGUUUAAGGUCACGGGACAAUUGUAUCACGGCAAUAAAUCAUCGCUCACCGUCUAGUCGUUUGUUAAGUAGUGGAAUUGAUCAACGAAUCAUCAAGCAAAGUACUGAAGACUGCCGAAGAUUGUUGCAGCAGGCUACAGCUGUUGCCGACCCCACUCGUUUGUCAAAUAAUCCAACGAUGGACAUUGCAUCGAAUCCAUCGAAUACGGCCAUACAAUCGCAUUCAACACCGCCGCCACCAUCAACCACACCAUCGCGUAUACUAACUUCGUCGAAUAGUUUUGAUUCGAAGUCGAAUAUGGCCGGUUUUGCUGCCGGAUUUUAUAUGUCAGCCGAGGCGACAAGAUUAUUCAAUACGCUGCAACAGAGUCCGUUACCAUUGGUUUCCGAUACAAGACCGGUUGAAAAUUCAAAGAUUCCUGCACAAUCCAAUUCAUUCAAUCACAAUCACAAUGAACAAAGACUGCCAGAGCCGCUCAGUUCCAAAGAGAAUAAAUUAGCAAAUUUUGGUGACUCGACACGAAGUACACCACCAUUUAAGGACUACUUAAACAAUCAACAGGCCUACGCUUACUUUCAAUCGAUCGAAUGUGAUAAAUCAUCGUUGCAACCGCGCCAUCACAUCAUCACCCAACAGUACAGUUCCAGCACGGACGAAGGUUGUGACACAGAUCACGGUGAAAUGGAUGAUGCACCGUCAACGAUACCAGCGCCAAUACAACGAUUGAAUUCGUAUGCCAGCAGUAGUUCCAGCAGCGGAGUGGCGACCAAUUUUCAUUCGAAAAGUUUAAGCCAGAAUUUGAGUUGUGAAUCGUCGCGAAGCAAUUUUUCCACAUUUGAAAGUUUGGAUUUGAAUUUGUCGGAUUGCAGUGAUUUGGCGGGGAGUUUGCCGUCAUGUGCAUCGAGUUCGGUUAUUACAGCUAUCGAUACGACUGUUGAUGUUCGGCGACCGGUAAUUAGCGCUUCUACAAUCCAUCCGUGUGUCUAUGUAUCACUAUCGGGAAAGUCUCCAUGUUCAUUUUCUCGGCACAAUCCAUUGGGACAUAAGCACAAUCUGAAGGGUAACUGUCGAGCAGUUACACGCUCACCAGUCGAUUUUCGUGAGGGUCGUCGAGCAAGUGAUGGUUUGGUGGCCCAGGGCAUUCUUCAUUCACAGUCCGAGUAUCCACUCAAUUCCACUGUAGCAUUUAAUAGUCAGCGAUUACAUGAGGCUUGCAAGGCCAAAGGUGUUUUAGAAUUGCAUUUGCUGCAAAAAGAGGCGGCCCAGUUGAAAACGCAAUAUCAAGCGAAUGUACCAGUCGAUGAGAUGACUGUGCGUCAAAUCCAGCACAGUCAAUUCCACGUGAAUCCAAUGAAGAACGGCAUUGACAUGCAACCGAAUUUCCAUUCGGGAUUAAAGCAAGGCUGUGAUGGUUAUUAUAGUAAGGCUGGCGAUCUAUCGGCAUUUGUUGGACUGUUGAAGAACGACAUGGGUAAAAUGGAUGCAAUGCGAGACUACAAAUUGGAGCAACUACAGCAGUCACAGUUGCAAAAGCCACCUUUGCAACAACAACUCAUGCAGCAUCGUCUGUUGCAGCAGAAGCGACAGAUACUUCAGAAACAGGUUGCAAUGGAAACAAACCUAAGUCGACGGCAAAUGCUGCGCCAACAGAGCUAUAAAAUCGAAGAAUUUUCGCUAUCUGUUUCAAAAACAGCCCAACAGCAACAGAUCCUUCCUCCCUUGCCACUGAACGAAAUCGAAUCGGAGGAUUUGUUGGCAUUUCAGGCGAUCGUUGAAGGCCCGUUGCCCAGUCCGAUGCAAUAUGGUUCACCCAAACUUAUGAAAACGACUCACAUUCAACAGCAAUCGGGUGACUGUUGGAAUUCGCUGUCCGGUUCCAUGCAAACGUGUCAGAUCAGCGAAAAUACAUUGGCGCACGAGUCAUGGGCGCAUCCAGCUAUCUAUCAGACAACCGGCAAUUUGUAUCCACCACCUUGGCCACUGGGAAGUCAUCCACUAUCACCGCCAAUGCAGCCGUUAAGUGAAAGUCCGAUAUUAGAAUUAACUGAACAGAUGGAGUCAAUUUAAAAGUAAAUUUAAGCGUUAAGAUCAAACAGAUGGGAAUCUCGAUAAAUUAUGUUCCGGACGCGAAUUGUGUUGUGUACUAUUGGCAGACUGAUGCAUGGAUACGAUUUUCAUGACCCAAUUUUCUUUCAGUAACUUCGAGUGCAAAAUUGUACGUUUCUAUGAUCUUACCAAUAGGGCGUUCGUAAAAUAGUUUUCAAUGAAGCGAAAGCUUGAACGAAAACGAUGAUCUUUGACCCACGAGAUUAAUACGCACACAUUAUAACAAAACUCAUUUCAUGGCCAAGCAGUCACUGCCACACUUUCGGUCAGCCGAAAAUCAAAUUCAACCGCAGAUUUGGAUUUUUUUUCUCGUGAUUUGGAUCUUUAGCAUGUAAAGUACCUAAAUCUGUUUUGGUUGGAUUUUUUAAGGUGAUUUUGCCUUCAGAUUGAAACUUCAAACUGAAAGAACGUGAAUCCGAAAUUUUAAAUUCAGUUCCGAUAACUUAAGGGUAUAGGUUCAGGCUAACCUGUUUUCGGUUCAAAACCUAUCUGCACCUGAAGUAAGGAAACCUGAUUUAAAACAGGUCAGGUUCAGUUGUUAGAACCUGAAAUCUUAUCUAAAAUCAAUCGUCCGAAAGAGAUACAUAAAAAAAACUCCUUACCCAAGGCUCUGAUGGAAGAAAAGCUCGUAUUCGUGCAUCUAUCUGGAAUUGACAGAUGUUGAGUUCAACGACUGUUUAGGAAAAUUAAAAUUAAAAUUCAAAAUUUACAGUCAUCAAUAAGAAACUUUGUUACUAGAAAAAUGUCGUAUACAACAAAAAAGAAACUAUUUACCGAAAAAUGAAAAUGUUUUUAAAACAUCAAGUUAAUAUAGUCACUGCAAAGCAAAAACAAAAUUUAGACUCAGUUUUGAAUUAGAAUUUAAUGUAACACAGACUUAGCUAAAGGAAAAAUCAAUGUAUCGACACAAAGACAUUGAUAAAUAAUAAUUAAGAUUUGUAAGUGUAAUCAAGACUGCAGUUUUGAGUCAAUUGUAAUUUUUAAUAAUACAAAAAAAAUGAAAUCUAAAAGCAAAGAAACAUUACUCACCAUUCCUCAACGUUAUCGGUAACAAUUUACAGAAUAAAAUAACAAACAAGAAAAAUACUCAAAAUGAAUUGAACAUCAACCAACAGAAAGAUUUUGUAA